AUAAUUUUCCUAGGAAAAAGAAGAAAAAGAUUUCUUUCUCUUUUCAAGAAAUGGCCAUGGCUAGAGAAGGUGAAAUUCUGGCAAUUUUAGUGCUAUUUCCUAUGCUUCUGCUGCUUCAUUCCAAGACCACUCAAGCAGAUACCUUCAUUGUUGGAGAUGAUCUGGGUUGGACUGCAAACGCUAGCGUGGGAACUUGGCCUCAAGGAAAGACGUUUUUUACUAGUGACAUACUUGGUGUUUGGGUGAAGCUACAGAAGUAUAAGAGUGCAAGAAAAGCUUGGAGGAGUCAAGAGACAGAGAAUUGCUGCUGAUGCAAAGUACACGGGUCGUGUAAACCAAGCCCAGACCCGUGUAAAUCUCUGCCAGAAGAAAGCUAAGAGAAUCGAUGAGAAACACAAGUACACGGGUCGUGUAGCGAGACUUAUGUGAUUUGCAGGGACCCGUGUAAGUCUCUAACCGAACGCAAGCUUGAAGAAACUUAUGGGAAUAAUAGUACACGACCCGUGUGAUCAGGGCCAUGUAGUUGGCAUAGACCCGUGUAACUUUCUGUGCAAAAACAAGACCACGCGAUUCUCUUCCAGCAAGUUACACGGCCCUACUUUGUGGGACUCGUGUAGUGACACACGGGCCAUGUACUAUGCUGCAGCUAGUUUUAUAACUCGAAUUUCCCUCCUAUUUUCGAAUAAAAAUGAGACUCCUAAGGCCUUUUGGACUCAGAGUAACCUCACCCUAGAGCAACUAAUAUAAAUAGAAAAGAAAACGUCAAAAGAAGGGGUUGGAAAAAGACGACUGUCGCGGGGAGAGCUACUGAAGGCUGCAGCUGUCGGGCUCCGCAUCGCUACCAAAAGAAGUUCUCCAGCUGAAGUUCCACAAGAUCAAAGCUGCAAACUAUCUUCAAUUUCUUCGUUUCAUCUCCCUAGACAGAUUUCUAUUGCUUUAUUUCUUUACAUGGUUUUCUUUUUACUAUUUUUACCUUUAAUCAUGAUGUUUGUUGAACUCACCAUGAGUGAGUAGUUUCUUUAUUCUGGAUUUAGGAGAGUAAUGCUUGU